AUGGCGCUCUCAAACGCCGAUUUCCGUUCUCUUCUCAACCAGGCAGACGCCUCCAUCCUUUCCGCAGCCUCUGCACCUCGCAAGAAAAAGGGGCCAGCAGCGCCCCCGGCCGAGGCGGAUGCGCAGAAGCAAGAGAAGAAUCAAAAGCGCCGGGAGCGGUAUCUCGAAAUUCUGCGGAGGAAGCAAAAACACAAAGAAGGAAAGGCUGCAAGCUACCCUGGCCAAGAUGACGCGGCAGGCGGCGACGAACGCCGGGAGGGCGAAAGCGCCUUCCAAAGAUACAAGGACCGUGCGAAAGAACGGCGCAAAGGAAAAGACGAAAUCUACCAACAAGUUGCAGAAGAGCUGCAGGAAAUGAAGGAACGAAGCAUCGAGGAGUCAAAAUAUCUCGGAGGAGAUGUGGAGCACACUCACUUGGUCAAGGGUCUAGAUUUCGCGUUGCUGUCGAAAGUCCGGAGUGAACUGGAGAAGGAAGCCGCGAAGAAGGAACAGAGCCGGCAAGAGGAGGCCUUGGAGAAGAAGGCAGGACAGAGAAAGAUGAAAAUCAUCACUCCUCUCGGUCGCCGCCUCUUCCAAGUUCAGUUCGAAUCUCUUCAUCCUCAACAGGCGAGAUUCGCGGAUCACCUAAAACGCCUCGAGUUAGCCAUCGUCUCGGGACAGAGGCUGCGAAUUGCGAGCGCGAUGUUCCAAACGGGACGCCUGGCGUACAACUUUGACGUGAAGGGAGAGCGAGAGGCGAAACUCUCCGAGGACGCGCCGCCGACGUUCGUCUUUCGAGGCGUCGACGAUCCCUCAGUGCAGCAAGCGGCGAAGAAAGACGCGAACAGAGACGGCAGCAUGGCCGCGGUCCUCCUCCCGAAAAUCACCAGAGAGCUGCGGGAGGCUCUGGAAUGGCAUCGCGAAAAUCGGAAGAAGAAAAAGCAUGAGAGAGUUGCGCGGCGACCAGGCAGUUUGAAGGCCGUGCGUGAAGUCGAAGGCAGGCAGGCUGCUGGAGAGAACGCGCCGAAAGCCCCCGUCGCCGAUGACGACGACAUUUUCGGUGGCGUUGGCGGCUUCGAUGCGCAACAGGCUCUCGAGAAGGCUGUGGCAGAGAAGCGAACUGAGGAGGCACGCUUAGCCGGUGCCCAGCCUCUGGACGCUGCGCCAAGGCUCGACAUUAUCCGAGAAGAAGAAGGAAUGGAAGUCGAAGACGAUGAAGCGGAUGUGGUGCAACUCGUGGUGCUGACGACGACGGAAGAGCAAGACAAGGGCUUCCACAGUGUCUUCCGUCGGGACGAGAAAACGAUGCUGCAACAGCGUCUCCAGGUUCUGCACGACGACAGAGAGAAGGAUCCUGCAUUCGUCUCCGACACGUACGCAGAGUGUUACCCAGGCUUUGGAAGCGAAGUUGCGUACUUGGGCUACGACUCUGACGAAGAGGGAGAAGGCAAGGACAAGGCUCGAAUCGACACAGGAGAGUAUCGUGUUAUUCCCAAGGGAAAGAACCAGUUCAAAUCAAAGGAAGAAUACGAAAAAUACAUUGGCGAGAUUGAAUUUGUGCCGAAGGCGGCUCUCCAGUACGGUCGCCGUAUGGCAGGAGAAUUUGCGCCGGCCACGAAGAAGAAGAGAAAGAUGAAUAUCGAUCAGGAAUGGAAACAAAUCGAAGGCAUGCUUAAAGAGAAAAAGGCGAAAUCUGGCUGA